AUGGGUUCCUCUUUAUCUCUUUGUUACCCAUCAGAUAAAACAUUCAAUAUUAAUGGUGUGAAAUAUACAGUCAAUAGAAUUUUGGGGGAAGGGGGUUUCUCUUUUGUCUAUUUAGUAAAAGACAAUUCAAACUCUAAAAAAUAUGCAUUAAAGGUUAUGAUUUGUCAAACACAAGAAUCAAUUAAUACAGCAAAAAGGGAAAUAAAUGCAUUUCAAACAUUUAAUCAUGAAAAUAUAAUGAAAUUAAUUGAUCAUUCGAUAUCAAAUCAUUCACAAGAUACAAAAGAAUAUAGAUUAUUAUUACCUUAUUAUAAAGAUGGAACCUUACAAGAUUUAAUUGAUAAUCAAAGAACAAUCUAUGGUAAAGAUACAAAGAAACCAUUAUUUAAAGAGAAGAAAUGUUUACAAUUCUUUUUAAAAGUUUGUGAAGCUAUUCAAGUUUUUCACAAUCAUUCACCACCUUUGGCACAUAGAGAUAUUAAACCUGGUAAUAUAGUAUUACAAAAUUUAAGAAGACCUUCAAAUAAUAAUAAUAAUAAUAAUAAUAAUAAUAAUAAUAAUAAUAAUAAUAAUAAUAAUAAUAAUAAUAAUAAUAAUAAUAAUAAUAAUAAUAAUAAUAAUAAUAAUAAUAAUAAUAAUAAUAAUAAUAAUAAUAAUAAUAAUAGUGAAGAUAGUGAUAUUGAGGCAAUACCGAUUUUAAUGGAUUUUGGAUCAGUUAGAGAAGCUAGAAUUAAAAUUGAAAAUAGAAAAGAUGCAUUAUCACUUCAGGAUGAAGUUGAGCAAAAUACAACACCAUUUUAUAGAGCACCUGAAUUAUUUGAUAUUCCUAGUGAUUGUCAAAUUGAUGAAAGAAUUGAUGUUUGGGCAUUGGGCUGUCUUUUGUAUACGAUGGCUUAUAAUAAUUCACCUUUUGAAGUUUGUGAUAAUGAACCUAAUGGUAGUGUUGCCUUAAAAGUAUUAAGUGGUCUUCCAAAACCCUUUCCACCAUCUCAAACAAAUUAUUCAAAUCAAUUCAAUCAAUUAAUAAUCGAUAUGGUAAACUUGGAUAAAGAUGAAAGAUUACAUUUAAAUCAAGUAAUUGAAAGAAUAAAUCAAAUAAUUCAAUCUUAG